CGGGUCCAAAGUUCUCCAACCUGAGAUCUUGACCUUGACAUAAAUAUUGGCUGUAAUGCGGUAAACAGGCGAACACUUGCAGUACCAAAAGAUUAUCCGGAAUCUACUUUGGAACGGAUUGCCAUCGCUUGCUCUCACAGUUUAUCCUCCUCCCCGGCCCCGGAGCAACAUGGCAGACCAACCGUCCCGGAUAGCGAUUCAGCUCGGAAAGCCAGCCGGCGCUUCGCCACACGGGAUCAAGAAACGCACGCGUCCUGCGCACGGGAAACGACAUCGAGCGCACGCUCUAAACGAGGGUUCCGAGUCGGAAAAUAGUGAUGAUGACCACCAGCAAGCAAACGGCCGCCACAAGGUCAUCACCUCGUACGACAUCCACGGCGGGAGUCUCGAUAAUGAUGGGGCAGGGCAAUACGAGAAUCCAAGACGAGAUGGCCGAGAUGCGAAAGGAAAGCAGAAAGACAAGCCAUCUGACGAAACUGGCACCACAGACGGUGGAGGUGGAGUCGCAGCAGACAGCUCUGAGUCUGCAGACAAGCCCGUAAAGUGGGGGUUGACCAUCAACAUGAAGGGGAAGACGGGAACAAAACACAACGGGCAAGAGUUGAAGUCACGAAUUAGCGCACCUGACUCCGAAGGGGAUUCAACAGGGCACAAGGGACAUACAAAAAGUAUUGACGAGGAGGCCCUGGACGCGCUCAUGGGAUCGAAGUCAACGAAACGCAAAUACAUCGAUUCUGAUGCCGCUGACCGGGACCCGCGCCCCGAGGACUACAAAGUCGUGCCCAUCGAUGACUUUGGGGCAACGCUCCUGAAACGCUUUGGCUGGGAUGGCAAGAUGAAGGGAAAAGUCAAGGAAGUGACGAGACACGCCAAUCUGACGGGCCUCGGCGCCAAAGAUGCGAAAGGCGCGGAGGAUCUCGGGGCUUGGAAUCAGAAGGCUGGCAAAGACUCCCGGCCCGUGCGACUCGAGGACUACCAGAGAGAGGAAAGGAAGAAGCGCCAGCGCGUCGAUGACCGGUACGCCGACAGCUACAAGCGAGAGAGGGAGAGGGAAAGGGAACAGGGGCGAGAGCGCGGACGAGACAGAUAGAGAACCCCCCACGACCCGCCUUCUAUACCCGACACGAUACCAGUUUCUGUUCAGAUGAUCCUAUCUGUCCCAUUGGGACGCAUAUGUUGCCAUCCUCAACGUCCAGCGCUUGGCCGAGGUGGGUAUCGCAGCACCGCACCGUUACCAG